ACUGGAAGGUUUGCCUGGAGGAUGCGCAUGGCUCUUCUCUCAUCCCAACGCUUUCCCUAGAGCCAGAGCAAGGGUAUUUCCUGGCGGCUGCUCCCGGUGAGCUCACACCGUGGGCACUCCUUCAGAGCUAGAGUGGCAGGGCAGGUUACUGCUCCAGCUCUGCUAGAAACCUUGGAGCUCCCGACGCUUUGCCUCACCGCGUGGAAGCAGUGCUGGUCUGUCUCAAGGGAACGCAGGUGGCCCAACGAUGCCGAGCAUAUUUUCCUACCAGAGCGCCGAAGUCGACUGGUGUGAAGGCAACUUUGAGCGCUCAACAGUCAUUGCGGAGUACUACAACACCAUCAGCAAUGUAAGCUUCUUUGUCCUUUCUCCUGCCUUGCUCUACCUGAACCGGCAGUACCGUCAGCAUCGUGCCUUGCCCAUGUAUGUCGUCUCCUGCCUGCUUUUCUGCGUAGGUAUCUUUUCCAUGUACUUUCACAUGACCCUGAGCUACGUAGGACAACUCUUGGAUGAGCUCUCUAUCCUCUGGACUCUGGCUGUGGCAUAUUCCUUUUGGUACCCAAGGGUUUACUUCCCCAGGUGCAUCAAGACCAGGAAGCAUUUCUUCUGGUUGAGUGGUGUCACCACCGUGAUCAGUACCUUGAUGUCCUUCAUCAAACCAGCCUUCAAUGCCUAUGUGCUCAACUGCAUCGCCUUCCACCUGCUGUACCUGACAUGGCGUGAGCUGAAAAAGUGCAAUGACAAAAGGGUUCACCGGAUGGCCGCAGUCAUGGUCUUGUGGUGGGUACUGGCCAUCAGCAGCUGGAUAAGCGACAGGUGGCUCUGUGGGCUCUGGCAGGCGAUCAACUUCCCCUACUUCCACAGCUUCUGGCACGUGCUGAUAGCCAUGUCCCUCCUAUACUGCUGCCCACUGGUCAUCUACUUUGAUGUCAGCUACGAGAUGCCAUUGUUCAAGCCAAAGCUAGAAUAUUGGCCCAGUGACUCCUGGCCUGUCGUGGUGCCUUACGUUACCCUGGAAGAACCCCACAAGCAGUGCUAGAGCCGGUUGCCCUCGGGCAUCCCUCAGGCAUGGGGUGCGUGAUGCACACGCGUGUGUCUGCAUGGGGAACACCUCGGCUGUGCGCCUGUUCCUCGGACAAGGGCAAUGUGGCUAGCGGAUGGGGCAGGGAGCAGCUGAGGCCUCAUGAUGCCAGGCAUGAAGCAGGGUGGGAACCCGCAGGUGCCCUGGAAGACUCUGCCCAGACUGGCGUCCGGGGAACCAAAGAUCUCCUCCUCCAGCAGAUCCCCACUGAGAAGGGGAGGGAGACAGUGCUGCUUCUGUGUCUUCUGCAUUAGUCAAGCAGUGGCACCCCUUGCUGACAAGGGCACAGCGGAGAACACAGAAGCCAAACUGGUGGCAGCUGGGUUUGUUGGGGCUGCUCUAAUUAUUAUUAUUAAUUUUAUUUAUUGAUGUAUGUGGUCUUGCUCAGGAGGGCUGUGCAUUAAAGCUAU